UUGUCUCUCUCUCUCUCUCCCUCUUCACCAAAGACAAAGGAGGCCCUCCAUCAGCACUCCAUCAGUCUUUCCAACGAAAUCAACUCAAGAAGAUUCCAAGAUGCCGGACACAAUUAUGUCCAAGGAACCCUCUUCCAACCUGGAGAAUGCCAUGCAGAUGCUGAUCAAAACCUUCCACAAGUACUCAGGGAAGGAGGGUGACAAGUAUACUCUGAGCCGGGGAGAGCUGAGAGAGCUGUUGACAGAGGAGCUGGGCAGUUACCUAGGGAACGCCCGGGAUGGAGAAGGGGUUGAGAAGGUGAUGAACGACCUGGACGCCAACAGCGACGGUGAGGUGGACUUCACAGAGUUCAUCAUCCUGAUGGGGGCCCUGACAGUGGCUUGCAACGACUUCUUCAUGGAAUACAAGCCCGAGAAACUUGUCCACACACCCUUUGAGAAAAAGGAGGCAACAUCAGAGAAGAAAGAGUGAAGGAAAAAAGGGAGGUGUGGGGAGGAACUGGGAGGAGGGAAGGGGGAGAAGGAUGGAAAGGGGCAAUGAACUGUGGAGCAACAGUAAAAGGGUAUAAUUGAUGGUUGUAUGGUCAUGUUAUGCAAAUUUCUAAACCGUGCAAAUGAACUGUGUGAAAAGAGGCUGAGGGAACUUCACUUCACUAAGUAAGGUUUCGCUGAUGGAAGAACAAUGUGUUCCAUCUGCAACUAUCCAAAUACUUUUCAUACCAUAGUUAAGUCACAGAUCCGGAGUCAGUUAACUCUGUGUCCUCAAAUGCAUGAGUGGCACUGUAUACUGUAGGGGUCAGCAACAGGCGUCCUGUGGCAUGCGAGUGAUUUUCUUUGCCACCCCCCUAAACUUUUUGGUAAAAAAUAUUUUCUGGUGAUUUUACUUUUUUACUGUAAAAUCACCAGGAAUUCAGCAAAAAUGUGUUUCAUUUAGGAAAUCUGUUCAAGUAUUCACACAAAGUUUUUUUUUUAAAUAUGUGAUUGUGUCUCAAUGUAAUCAAUGUAUGAAAUUAUUCAAAUACAAUCUCUUUUUGGGCUUAGUUGUGGUACAUUUGCAGUGUACAGAUUAUUCUAAUUAUGUUCCCAGCCCUCUGACCAUCCUCUCCAACAAAAAUCAACCCCCCGGCUGAAUCUAGUUGCCUACCCCUGGUAUACAGGGUAGUAUGUGUGAGAUCAGUUGUGUUCUCUAUUCAGUCUCAAAUUCCAAAUCAACUGUUUAAAUGAUUUGGAUGCAUAUUUAGGAUGGAUUUAAUUGAAAAUAUGAAUUAUUUCAGUGGAUGUUAUUGUAACACACAAUAGAGUCAGAUCGGGGCCUAAAGCACAACAGGGUGAUACUGUCAUGAAUAUAAAGAUGAUAUCGUAGAUAAUAAAUAUCUUAAAUAUUUAGAAUAGGUUAUGUACUCAGAGUUGAACAUUUUAAUAUAAUUUACAUUUCUUUGCACAUAUUUUGUAAUCUGUUUUUGAAUUACCAAUGUGUUCUUCCAAACAUUAAACAUGACAUUUAAUCA